AUGCACAGGUGGGCUGGUGCGGCAGCAGCCCUCAUGGCACGCCAACAGCCGGUGAACCUCGCCGCCACUUUGUCCGCUACUGCAGUGCGCCAAUGCGCGCGCUUUCAGCAUGGCUCUGCGAUGCCGGAGCCGGAUCAACACCAAGAAGCCACAGAUGGGCAACGCCAUUCGCAGAAGGAAGGACCAGCACACCAAACUCAACAAGAGCAGUCCCGUGUGUCGUCGGUGCUUACGGAUUUGUUCGGCCGCCAGCACAGCUAUUUGCGCAUCAGCCUCACAGAGCGCUGCAACCUCCGAUGCCAGUACUGCAUGCCUGAGGAAGGCGUGCAGCUGUCACCAAAGGACGAGCUGCUCACCUUUGAUGAGCUGGUGCGAUUGGCCCGCAUCUUCGCUUCAAACGGCGUCAGCAAGAUCCGACUCACAGGUGGAGAGCCCCUCCUGUAUCCCCAGCUCUCCGACCUCAUUCGGGAGUUCCGAGGCAUGCCAGGCAUUGAGAGUGUUGGCAUCACAACCAAUGGCUUGACGCUGGCACGCAAGCUGGAUGCCCUGAAGGAUGCCGGCCUCACCCAUUUGAACGUCAGCCUCGACACCUUCCACGAGCACAAGUUCAACAUCAUCUCCAGACGCAGAGGGCUGGACCGGGUGUUCCGUGGGAUUGAUGCGGCCAUUGAUGCUGGCUUGACCCCAAAAAUCAACGUCGUGCUGACCCGCAACGUCAACGAUGAUGAGCUGCUCGACUUUGUCGAGUGGACGCGCGAGAAGCCGGUUGAUGUUCGCUUCAUCGAAUACAUGCCCUUUGAUGGCAACCGAUGGAACAUGGACCGGUUUGUGUCGUACAAAGAGAUGCUGGAGAGGAUUGAGCAGCGGUUCACCCUCACUCGCCUCUCAGAUCAUCCCAAUGACACGUCAAAGGCGUGGUGGGUGCCCGGCCAUGCGGGACGAAUUGGUUUCAUUACAUCCAUGAGCGAGCACUUUUGUGGCUCCUGUAAUCGCCUGCGCAUCACUGCAAACGGCCAAUUGAAGGUGUGCCUAUUUGGCAGUACGGAGGUUGAUCUCAAGCACGCGCUGCGGCGGAGCGAGAACGACGAGGAGACGAUUCGUGAGAUCGACGCGGCUGUGAAGCGGAAGAAGAAGCAGCAUGCAGGCAUGUUUGAGUUGGCAAAGAGGAAAAAUCGGCCCAUGAUCCUUAUUGGCGGCUGA